AUGGCGUAUGCAAUUAUGAAAGUGCAAAAGUUAUCUGAUUAAAAAAAUAUAGUUCAUCUUCAUUAUGUGUCACUAAUGCCCAAAACCUUGAAAUAUCUUUGGUGUAGGUCUGUAGCUCAUAAAGUUGAUGAAUACUUAUCGAAACUGGGCCCUAUGUCUGAGAAUAAUAAUAAAAUAAGUGAUCUAAAGGGGGAAGAUACUUCAACUUCAUCUUGUGGAAUGAAUUAUAAUUUUAAGGAAAAUCAUGGUCAGAACACUAGUAAUACUGGAGGUUAUAAUAUUCCAAGUAAUACUCAUUAUGUACCAAUGUUUUGUGACCCCCGAGUUGGUCCCCAAUAUGCAAGAGGACUCCAGGGAAGUAUUGUGAUGAAUACUUUCCCACAAUUAGUAAUGUAUCCUACUUAUCCUGUCCAAAAUCAUGUCUGGAAUCCAAAUCCCAAUUACAUGCAAUAUUACCAUACCAAUUUUCAUCCAGGCUUUCAUCAACCUCCUGUUAAUAUCAAUAAUUAUGGUGCUUAUCAAAUCAAUUCACAUGGGCGAUAUUUUCACAGCAACUUUGAUCAGAGAUCAAGGAAUCAGCAGACAGGAACAUAUUAUGAUGAAGGAAUCAUGUCAGUGAGGCUAUGGGAAAAGGUCAUUAGAAAGCCAAGUUCUACACCUGGUUUCAUUUUCACUUUAAUGUCCUACAAUGUUCUGGCACAGGACCUACUGGAACAACAUCCCUAUUUGUAUCAAUUACAUGACCAAAAAUCUCUGAAUUGGCAAACAAGGUGGAAAAAUAUUUUGGAAGAGAUUAAGAAAUUCAUGCCAGAUAUUUUAUGCCUUCAGGAAGUACAAGAGUCCCACAUUGAGGGGUAUUAUUCAUUAUUAGAAACAUUAGGUUAUGAAGGAAUUUUUAAAAAAAGGACAGGAAAGCAAUGUGAUGGUUGUGCCAUAUACUACAAAACUGACAAUGUGAGUCUGAAAGAUUACUCAUUUGUUGAGUAUUAUCAGCCUAUUGUAUCAGUAUUAGACAGAGACAACAUUGGUAUAGUGGCUAAGUUUGCACCUAAAAUGCACCCCACUAGAGAAUUUGUUGUUGCUACAACUCAUUUGCUUUUUAAUAGAAAAAGAAAUGAUGUAAGGAUGGCCCAAAUGCAACUUUUGUUGACAGACAUUGAGAAACAUAGUUAUGAAAAGAAACAUGGAAAAUCACUAUAUCUUCCAGUCAUAUUGACAGGAGAUUUGAAUUCCUCUCCUGAGUCUGACCUAUAUGAAUUCAUAACAAAGGGGAUUUUGAAGUAUGAACAGUUGUCACCAAGGUUAUUGGCAAGAGAUCCAGAAAAUCAUGCUGGAAGGGUACUAGUGACAUCCAGUUUAGGAAUAACAGAUAAUUGCCAACACACAAAACUUUUGGAGAAAGGAACCAACAAUAUGAAUAUUCCCAAAGAAAAAUGUAUGGUAGAUGCAGAUAGUAUAUGUAAAAAAGAAGCUAAAGACAACAUCUUUGCCUCUAAAGGCACAGGUGCUUUGUCACAUGACUUUGGCUUUAGUUCUGUUUAUGGGCAUGAUACAAUUGAAAUCAAUGAACAUGAUGAGAGGAGAGUCAAAGAAGGAACCACUUUCCAAGAUGAAUGGUUGACAGUGGAUUAUAUAUUUUACAGUAGUGACAAUGGGAAGGAAGAUAAGAGUAAUGAUAUGAAUAAAAUGCCAAAGAUAAAAUUGCUAGCUAGAUACAGGUUACCAACUACAGAGGAAUUGGACACUGUCAGGAUUCCAAAUAAUAGAUUAGGAUCCGAUCAUUUAUCACUGACUGCAAAAUUCAAGUUAGAAUUUUGACAUCUACAGUAUGCAUUAUAUAUAUUUCAACAAAAACCUUACUCAAGUCAAAUUUUUCAAGCAGAUUUUCACUGAUAUUUCCCAAGGGAAUCUGUUUUGAAGAUUUGGGUUGAAGUUUUCUUGGAACACUCUAGUGACAAUUGAAAAAUUCAUCUUGAAUGAGUUAUAUAGCAGCAAUAAUAAUUAUUGUUAUUGAUUACUCAUUAGUAAUUGUUACAUUAUUUGUAGCUUUAUAAGAUUGCAUUUUUCUGACUACCUACAAAUAUUUGUCAAUAUUUUUAUAAAAUAUAUAGUAUUUAUUAUAUGAUUCC